CUCUCUCUCUGCCUUCGUGCGGGUUAGGUCCACUACGGACUGUGAUAACAGCCGACAGGGUGCGUCCUUACCCUCGUCUUGAAUGGGAUUACCGUGUCGGAGCCGUUGGGCGAAAUAACAGUGGAGUGAGUCGAUAUAUUUUUUCAACUUUUCCGAAUUUUUGUUUAUUGUUGUAGCUGUGCACUCUUGCGCGGUUGCUGUUAGUUUGCAGGGGACGCGUAGCGACACAACUCAUCGGAAGUUUUAUUCCAGCCUUCGGUUACCAGGGUAUGCACAUUUUAAAAGGGUCACGUUUUUAUGUUAACAUCUCCCGUAAAAAUAUAACGACUGAUACUAAUCCUUUCUAUAGGCAAAUUGGAAAGAAUCGAUCCGCCAAAAUCGAUUUCAUGGGAUUAUGGAAGUUGGAGGUGGAGGGGGGUUGUUAAAGAAUACUCGAAUUCCUAUCUCAUUGUGUCCUAUUCUCUCAAUUCUCGGUAUGUUAAUAUUAUUUUGUUUUUUGUGAUAGAUCUUUUGUUUUUGUAAAUGUGUGAAAUAGAAUGAUUCUAUCAAAUAUUUAAUAGAGAAUGCAAAGAAAUUUCACACCUAUUGAAAAAUUAUUUAGUUUCAUUAAAAAAAUUGUUUAAAUUAUAAUCUUUAGUUUCAUGAGUUACAAAUUCAUAUCUGUGUAGUAUUCGAUUUCUCAGUUCAUAUCUUUGACGUCUAGAAUCAGGAGAGAUCUAGAUCCGAAGCUACUACGUCGAGAGCGUUUACAUACACUUUACUUUUAAUUGACUCAAAACUGCUGACUUGAUGGAUUAACUCAUUUUUGCGCGACAUUAUUCACACAUUUCGCGGAUCAUAUUUCACGCACUUGACAUUUUCUUCAUCUAAUCUUUGCAUCUCGCCAAGUUCGUUCUUAUUGGGAAGUUUCGUUGACAUGUGUUUUGCCUCAAUGUGUUUCGUCGACAUGUGUCACCUCAUGAUUAAUCGACACAGGUCUUGAAAAUCACUACAGGGAACUGCUCAUGCCUACGCCGAUAUACACGCAGCCACACCACACAGGUGGCCCGAUAAACUCUACGAAAUUCGACAGGCUUCAUUGUGACAUCAUCACCUUGUUUUCGCGUAUUCACGAUCCGGUGUUCUUUGCGUUAAACAAGAGAGAGCGAGCCUGAGGGAUCGCGAAGGACCUUUACAGGCAAUGCAGAUUCGAUUAAAGUCCUCUUCCGACGUGAGAAACUUUUCCAAUCAAACUGGUACGUGCUGGCGCGCCUUUUUUUGCCUUCGGUUUUUUCCCCGCGGGAUUUUUUCCCCUUCCAUACGAGCGCCGUGACCGGGACCUUAACGCGAUCGGAUAGUAAUUAUGUCGGUAUCAAUUUAACUGUUUUCGAUUUUUAGUCGCUUCGUCCAUGAGAGCGGAAUAAUUGAUGAAGGAAAGAAUCGCACGAGAGCUCUCCACCGCUCACUUUUCCUCCCCCCCGUCCUUGGACAGAUCAAGUAGAACGAUGUUUAUCGAGUUUCCGCGAUUUUCUUUUCCUUAUGUAAAUAUCAUUCGUGAAGAUGUUCGCGCGCGCGCGCGUAAGAUUUUAACGGAGAAUGCGUCGUGCUCGAUCGCGUUUAUCCGCAAUCCUAUCUUUGCAAAGCGCAUUAUUGCGUAUACUCAGCGAUUUACGCGCCUUCUUCUUCAACGCGCCACAUUAUCCUGCGGACAACGUAUGUAUAGUCGAUUGCAAGUCGGUUUUCACACACACUUUAUCGGGGAAAAAUUUUCAAGCUGCCAGAGCUGAAGGUCACUUCUGAUAUGUCUGCAUAGUAAUAGGAAAUGAAUAUAUAUAAAAAUUAUCCCUCGAAAUACAUAUAAUUUUCUCUUAAUUUGAAAUUAAUUCUCUCUCUCACAUUCUACAAAUAUCACACCUUGUACGGCUACAUCGGCUGCUGUCGUAAUCGAUUACGCGUACACACGUGGCUUCCAAUUCCGACGACUUGAAACAUGACAACUUCAUUCGAUAAAAAGUGUGCAAACCGAUUGGCAAUUGACUACACACGUGUAUGUGUUUUAUUGUCGAGUUACAAUCGAAUUGCAGUUACACGCGAUUAUAAAGUUGGCAAGUUGGUUAAUAACGAGAGAAAGACAUGAUAUGACCUUUUGCUGCGCGAGUGAGACAAAACGCGAGCAUAAAAGAUUUCACAACACUUAUAAUCGAUAACACGAGAGGCGUCCCAUGGCGUUGCAAUGAAACUACACGGUACAUUUCCUCGGCUUCGUGUAAGCCAAGAUGUACUUGGCUUCGUCUCUACGCCCGUGCUAAAUGUCUACACUCUCAAAGGAUAGGAACUUUCCCGCGAGACUGUCUUCGAAGUUUUCCGAACGAAAAGCAGAAUCGCGCUCAGCGAGUGUAUCCGAUCGGCGAACGACGCGAGUGCAUUAAAACGAAACUCCGGCUUUCUCCGCGCAAUUCUCCUUUUUCAAUGCUAACGAAAUUGCGCACGCGGCUUCUCGCGGCGACUCACGACCAAAGUUAGAUUAAAAAACGUCACGCGCCACUCAGAAAUCGUAUUCGCGCUUUUGACAUUACGAAAAGAGAUCCUUUUGGGCGAAUGCUUCCCCUUCAUUUGCGGUGGCCCAGCAGCUCUUUACACGAAGCCCCGCCUGCCUCUCCUUCUUUUUUACGCCAACUGCCGCUUUAAUGUCCAGGUUGCCGAGUUCGUUUCCACGGCAGCACGCGGUAAUGGAUCAAACUGUUUAAGCUCGCUCUAAGAGGUUUGCCGAGUCACCGAAUUUGCUUGUUUCUCUCUUUUUUUUUUUGUUUUUCUGUUCAUCGCGAGGCAGUGUGUACAGAGAUUGAUGUAACGUCUGCGUGUCCGUGAACUAAUUAAAAAAAAAAAAUUUCGCGAAAAGAUAUCCGCUUAUUCGUUACUACUAACGAACGACUGACUUUCCGCACGUGUACAGUGGGAUCUACUUUCGGCGUUUAUUACGUGCAACAACGAAUGACCAUUGGAUAUAUGUUUUUGCGUUAUUUUAUACAAAAUAAUAUAAUUCCAUUAUUCUGAAAAUGAGAACGUGAUAUUGAAAAUUAACAAUUAUUGUACAGUCAAGGUAAAAUACGUAUGUUUCACGGAGAGAGAGAAAGAGAGACAAAAUGGAGAUAUAUAUAUUUUGAUUAAUAUUUUGUAAAAUAAUACGUGGGUAUUUGCUAAAAUUAAUAGUUACUCAUUCACGUGGAAACGUUACAUCUCAUUAUCUUCUUUCUUCCUUUCUAUUUCAUAUUUCUAUAUUAUAUUCCAUCUUGUCAAUUUGCAUGAUAUUAAAAUUAAAAUUAUAUUUAAUGUCCGCAACUUGAAUCGCGCGUCCUCUUAGUCGAUCAUUCGUUGGUGCAUUCAUUGCGUUUUUCCAAAAGGACGAUUAGUAUUCCGUUGACGUUGCUCGGGAUUUACGAAAGCAACGGGUGGACGGUGAGAUCGGGCAGAGUCUACGCACGGACGCGUGAUAAAUUGGUUCAUCAUACGGAUGCAGACUGACAUGAUCUAUCUGCCGGUCGGCUACGUUCCACAUUGAAUUCCCCGAUGUUGGAAAUAAAAUGUACGUACGUGUACACACGCGCCAAGACUACGUGAAAACGCCUAGCCGACACGCGAAAGGACACUGCAUCACGGAAUAUUCCUGCUAAUUCCCGCUGUAAAUAAUUUCCACGAUUUCGCACGGCACUCUCGCGCGCUGUAUCUCGAAUCCGAGUGCGCUUGCGCUCGCGCAAGUAAACUUAUCGUGGAAAAGCGAUGACUCACGAAAUUCACGAUAAACCGUUCCGCCGAUCCGCGAAGAUACGAUGGCAACGAUAGAAGCUGACGGUUCUGCGGGAUUCUCGCCUGCGGAACGUGAGGCCCUCCUGGAAGUCCUGGACGAAUGCGCGGACUCAUUGGCCGUUUACCAAAACACCCUGAGACAACUGGCAACCGUCGCUAACGCUUUUCCCGAAAUUGGGAUUUCGGGAACGUCAAUUCUACAGUCACUCGGCGAAGACGACGCCGCGGGGACGACGAAUUCACGGAGGGUAGCUGCGCGUGAAAAGCUUCGGCAAGACAGUUGCAGUUUGUACGUGGGCAAUAUAAUACGGGACUUGAAGCGGGAAAUUAGCGAGCGCGGUACUAUCGAGGUAUUAAUCGAGGAGAUCGAGAGGAUCACGUCGCAGGAGAAGCAGGAGCGUCUUUUAUUGGAGGAACACGAUAAGGUGCAGGCGAUCGUGGACGAGUUACGAAAGGCAAUCGCCGAUAAGAAAACGUCGAACGAAGAGGCGGAGGAACACUUAACGAGGAAGCUCACUUUGACGCGGGACGAGAAGGAGAGGCUGAAACUAAUUAAGGACGCGGAGAUGAGAUACGUCCGAACGUGGGAAGAGGCACGUCGCGAGCAGAAUGUACUGCGCUACGAGUUGGAGAUGGACAAGCUGGCCAAGGCUCUCAACGAUUGUAACGUGCGCGAGAGGAACGAGAAUCGCGUGAAUAGCGAAUUGAUGCGCUACUUGACGCAGCGUAUAGCGCUCAUCGAGAAUCGAAUCGAGGAGUGGCGAUGCAGGUAUGAUCUUGAGAAGAAAAUGUACGAGAAGGAGAUCCGUAAAGUCCGCAAUGAGAUAGAAGAUGCUCGCGCGAACCUGGAGGACCUUACAACGGAGUACCGCAGUAACCAGGAAUUCAUCGACACAUACCUUGCGGAGCAGGAGGCGCUCAGAAGGCAAAAGGAGCACGAGGAUCACGUGCGCCGUAGCGCAAUCAGGAUGCAAGCCUGGUGGAGGGGCGUUAUGGUGCGCCGGAAGUUGGGGCCGUAUCGACCAGAGGAGAAAAAGAAGAAGCGGGCCGUUAAGACGAAGAAAUAACUUUCCCGACUUGAAGCCCUUAAACGUGUACACCGCGUCAACUCUAAUUCGUUCUACUUGAUCGGGUAGACGGCUAUUAAUUUAUCAGCGACUUGAUCGAGGUCGCGACUGCUUAAUUGAUCUCCCGUGCUGCUAAUUCAUUCCCAUGUUUGAUUAUUAUUCAUAUCACUAGAGUACGUGAGUUUUGGAGAAGGAGACAAUCUCAAUUGGGAAACUCGAGCGUCGACUGGCCGCGGGAAAAGUGCGUUGAAAUUAUUUUCGUUUGCUCAUCGUCGCCCGCGGUCCGGAAGGAAUCGAAAAGGGAAUAAUUUUCACGCGGGCGUUACUUGAAAAUGAUUUUCCUCACUCGUAAAGAAAAUAUUGUGAUCCUGCUUGUCGCACGCGGAUAUUAUAUUUCCGACGGAAAAUAUAAUUUGUCUUUAUUUUAUUUUUCCUACUCAUAUCGACACGAUAUUCGCGAAGAUCGCCGUAAGCACAAACAUCAAGAUUAAAAAGCACGAGAUUCAUCGUUAAAAAAUGCGGAAAAUUGCGCGAAUAACGACGUAGCGAGCGAAGCGACGCAUUAUCGGCGGCGAUUUUUUUACGAUAACGAAACGCAAAUUUCACGAAUCGCUGAAUGCCAAUUCGGUUCUUCGCGGAGCUCCUUCGUGACGCAACACUCAGAGUACUCGAGUAUUGUUCACGCAAGAAUCUCAUUUCCCGUGCAGCACUUCCUGGAUCCCGCGGCGCGUUUCUGAAACGCCGCAUGAAACGCUGUAAUAAUCGACACGGCUAUCUAUAUACGGCACGAAACGAAUAUGGCAUGCACGCGUCCAUGCGUAAAAGUAGUUUAUAUACGAUGUUCCUUUUCUUAUUUUUACUAGCGUAUACACGGAGAGAAUUGUGUGAUAAAAAUUACUAUAAAACUUUGUAACUGCGAGAAGUAGAUCGACAUUCCGCAGUAACUGACUACCCUUUCAUUUCGUACGUGUACUGUUUACAUUUUAGGGACUGAAAUGUUAAAAGUUUUUCUACGUUUCUUAGCAAGACGGACUUUACCGAUAGUCUAUUUCCGCACUACUAGACAAAUAUAGUAAAAUUUGAAAUUUUACUUAUAUGGAAAAUGGAUUAUAAUAUUCUCUCCAUGCAUUUGUUUAAAAGUGUACUGAGAAAGUAGCAGCUAGGGAAAGUGCGAUAACAUACUUCACUCUCGUGAGAAUAUUUUCUAAAUAAAACAUGCACGACAGUAUUACGGUGCACUUUCGUAUGAAACAUCGUGCUUUUGCUUUGUUGCGACUUAAUUAAUAUGUGCAGAAUAUUUUUUAAGAAGUUAUUAGUAUAAAUUAAGUAAAAAGAAAAGAAAUAAAAAAAUAGGUUGAAAAGAAAAGCAACUUUGUGUGAUUGAACCUUAUACCUAAUAAUUUAUGAUGUACGCAUAUCCGCGAGUUGUGCUCGUAUACUUCUAGAUAUAUUGAAAUAUUUUCCGAGUACCAUUUUACCCGUGUAAUUUAAGAGACGCGAGCUUUAAGACGAUCUGAGAUCUACCUACUGGCGUCGUCUACGAUACUAGCAGUCUGCUGAACAUCCUAAUCUAAGUGGUGUACUC